UGCAGUGACCAUGAAUGAGUGCAAUAUCGGCCUCUGUGCCAAGCUAUAGUGGAAGAGGAUUUGGUUGCUGUUGAAAGCUUCCUUCACCAUCAUCCAGAGACAAUAAACAGAAGGAUAGCAUUUUCCGGCGGCAGGCCAGCCCUUCAUCUUGCAACUAUAACAGGGAACACAAAGCUUGUGGAGAAGAUAGUGGAGUUGAUGUCAGAAGAAGACUUGGAAAUGAUCGAUAAUAAUAAGGAGACUGCUCUAUUUUUGGCUGCUGGUAUUGGAGCCACUAGGAUUGUGGAGUUGUUGAUUAAGAAGAACAAAAAGUUGGUUACAAUUCCAGUAGAUGGAGCUUUGCCUAUCGCCAAUGCAUGUCACAAUGGCCAUAGGGAUACCACUUGGUUUCUAUACUCUAAUACUCCUUUCGAAUUGCUACUUCCAGAGAAUGGAACUUUCGGAGCUGGGCUUCUCAGCGUCUCUCUUUUCACCAAGAUGUUUGACGUUUCAUUGGCGUUGCUCCGUCGUUGUCCACGUUUAGCUUUUACUAAAACCAAUUUUGGAACUAUCCCUAUAGUUGAAUUCUCUUGCAUGAGUGAUUUAUUCCUCGGCAGCGGUGAAUUGCCCGUUUGGAAACGGUGGAUCUAUCAUGGUAUUCAAGUGCAACCAACUGCUGCUCCAAGUGAUGUUCGAAUAACCGUUGUGGAAAAUGGCAAAAUGCAACAAAAGAACUUUUUACCACAAGUGUUUUCCCAGUUGUAGAGUUUGGGCUCAAGCAUCCUAGCAUUUUCUGGAUUGAAGCAAAUUUAUGAUAUGAAGUUGACCCGCUUCUAUGCUCUGGAACUUUUACAAAGUAUAUCUAAAGAAAUUUCUGCUAUACCUGAUUUGGAAAUCGCCAAAAAAGGAGUAGAUUUGGCUUUCUUUAAUGCCAUUGAGCAUGGAAUAAUUGAAAUAGUUAUUGAGAUAAUCAAAGCCAAUCCUUCCUUUUUGGCAUGUCGAUAUGAUUUCCAAAAGAGCACCAUUCAUGCUGCCAUACGUUUUCGACAAGAAAAGGUUUUCAACCUUAUAUAUGCGGCUGGUAAAUGGAAGUAUUUGAUGAUUUCUGGGUACGAUGAGUACAGCAAUAACAUAUUACAUCUUGCUGCCAUGUUAGCACCCCCUAAUCGGUUAGCUCAUAUAUCAGGUGUAGCUUUGCAAAUGCAAAAAGAGAUACAAUGGUACAAGGUAAUCCUCCUUCACAACUUCAAUUAAAUGUUUAAGUUGAUUUUUUAAAUAGAUAAGAAGAAAUGGGGUAUGCCCUCACCAAAAGCAGAAAAGGAAAUUCA